CUACACUUGAACAUACAUACCAAUCACGACAAGCAUGGACUCUGAAACCCUGGCAAAUCUCCAUCAACUGCUUGACCACGAAUCGGAUCUCAGAGAGAAAAUCAGAGAUCAAGUAAACGAUUUCGACAAGAAAACGCGAAUUUUAGUGGGUAUAUUGAGCAAAAUUCAUUCAACGCGAUCUGAUUCCAUUCCUUCUUUAAUUCAAACAGCUCGGCCAGUGCUAUACAGCUGCAGUGAGACAAUUGUUGAGCUUGCUUCUCUAAUCCCUCCAAAUCAAUUCUGGCGCUGGAAGGAUAUGUGGUGUAAUUCAUUGCGCACCGCGGUUUUUGCAGCAGCUCUUUCUGAGUAUUUGACAAAUGGAACUCUAAUUUCCCUCGAAAGCACCAGCAAUGUACUAGGCAUGCAGGACAGAUGGAAGGAUCGUGUUAAUCUAUCUGUAGAAGAUUACCUUCAUGGCUUGAUCACCAUGGUUAAUGAACUGUCCCGUCUUGCGGUGAACGCUGUCAUAUUGGGCGAUUUUGAGCAACCUCUCAAAAUAUCUGCAUUUGUCAAAGACAUUUUCUCAGGUUUCUCUAUGCUCAAUCUCAAAAAUGAUACGUUGCGCCGUAGAUUUGAUAGUUUGAAGUACGAUAUGAAGAAGAUUGAAGAAGUUGUAUACGACGUAUCCUUACGAAAACUUGUCUCGAGAGAUUCGUCAUUCCAGGCUGUCAAACCAACAUCCAACGAAUCUUGAGCAAAGGAAUAUCUGCAUACCUUCUUUAGUAGCCGUAUCUGUGUAAUAUGAUAAUUAAAGGAACGAGCCUGACUGCAGAGAAGCAAAUAAACGCCCAGCGCUUUCUCCAAACUUAAACGUAGCUUACAC